CCUUCCCAAGCAUUCGCCACCACUAUGAUUAAUAAUUAUUGUCUAUAAUAUAUUCCAGGAGAGAUUAUAAAUAAUACACCGAUCGUGAUCUCCGCUACCGGUAUUCGAGUUACCAAUACCAGACUCUAGACUCGUGUCCGCCGAAUACCCGGGCGGCCAGCGGGGCACGUACGGCCUACGCUACGGAUGCAGAUCUCGGAUUAGUAUCAUCAUGUCAUCAAAAAUUCUUCGCCUUUUAGAAGGUUUUGGGGAUGAUGCCCAAGUGGGUGCAAUCCUAAGGAAAGCGGUUGCCCAAGCCCAGACAGCACUGGCUUCAAAGGACCAUGCACACGCAGUCGACCUCAUUGCCUUCUGCUCAGAGAAUCUACAGAGCAACCCACAUCUCCUGCAGACGGAGGAGGUGGAAGACAUCGUCCAACGUCUAUGCUUCCCAGUGGCAGCAGCAAGGAUGAUGGGUGGUAAGGAGGAGGAGACGCAGGGAAGGGAGAUCCUCCAGAGAGUUUGUGAGUUUCUUGCAGGUACCAUGUCCUCUUCGUUCAGGAAACACCAUCCAAAGCCUUGUGAGAUUGUAAUGAAAGCCUGCACACAGAGCCUCCUCACCUACAGAGAUGAAGUUUACACCAGGGACCAAGGAUGCAAUGAGUUUGAUGAGGAUGAAGAACGAAAGAAAGGUGACCUCAGUAUAUCAUCUUCCAUAACUGUCCUAAGCAUCUAUACAAAGAAGCUCAAACAGUCUCCAGAAAAACCUGAUAGAAGCGAUGAAGCCGAAGAUUUGUGGUGGCGUGAACUCACAGAGAUAGUGUUGGACAUCCUGGAGACGGGUGAAGCCCUCGUUUGUGUGCAACUAGCCCAAAUCAUGGUCCCCAAAGACAAGGACUUACCCCUGGGUGGAAGAACUAGGAGUGAGAUGCUUGAAAUGAUUUGGGGACGACUAGUAGCGAUGCAUGAGAGAGGUGUAGUGCGUUUGGAAGGGGUGAAUGAGAACAUCUACCUCAUUCUCUGCGCCCUGUCUGAUGCAUACUUCCCAACUUCUACAGAGGAGUCAACCGUCAAAGCAAAUGAUACAGGACUGGAUUGUUCUAGAGGCUUGAAUCUCCUGGAGCUGGAGUUGUUUUGGAAACUGAUUCAGCAAGGGCUUAUCCACACCAAUCCCCUGACACGCAAGCGUUGCAGCUAUCUGAUGAAGAGGGCGGUUGAUGUGGCUGCAACUUCUGGAAGAUCUAUAGGUCAGGGGUCACAUGGGCUGGACGAGCAGCCAUUGUUCUCAUGGAAUCCAGCGGAGAAAGAGAAAUUGCUACGUCUCUGGUUUGAAUUUUUCCUCAUUUAUGAGACUCUGGAGGAAGUUCAGAUCCAUGUAGUUACUCCUGCAAUGCCUCGUCUUGCCCAGCUGACAAAGGCUACAUAUAGAUUGGAUGGGGCAGGUAUACCUAUAAUGCAUUCCAGUUGGCUGUGUAUACUGUAUCAGCGUUGCUUUGUUCACGAGAGUAAGACAAUCACAAGACUUGGUGUAACUCAGUGUUUGAAUCUUGACCUGGACAAGAGUUCAUUUCUUCAUCAGAGUGGGCCGAGGUUCAUCUUUGGUCCCUUACUGACUGCUCUGCAUGAGGAGUAUCUGUACACCAAGCCACCUGAGACACCACCCGGCUCACAACCACCCAUCGGUCUGGCCUUGAAGAAGUUUAUGGUCUUCUGUGUGUCACAACUCAAUGAUGAUACAAGGAAAACAUUCUUAUCUGAUUUGCUGGCAUUGAUCUGUGAGCAGGCAUGGGGACCAGUCACUAUCUCCUUUGUCGCUGAGGCCUUGGCGAGUAUCCCAGCAUUCCCUGCAUGGGGGCGUUCAUCCUUGUUCCUGCUGAGGGACAAGCUUUCAUCUGGUUUCGUGACCUGCCCUCCCGGCUACCGGUCCACCAUCCAGUGCUUCUUCCUUAGGGCAGCCCUCCAUCUUCUAGACUGGAGUAGUAUCUCACUGCACCAGCUCUCCAGUCUUCUGGGUGUGUGCAAUGCUGCUGAGGUUCUCAAGAGGGGAUCAUCACUCUGGGAAGAGGUAUGCCAAGCUUUCCAUGACAACAUGCUCAAUCCCACCUCAUCAGAUCCAGACAUCCAGCCCCGGUCACCAUGGCAGACAUGCAUCCAGGAGAUCAAAGGUUAUCUGCACGUUGACCCGACCAAAGAGGCUCUAGAGAGGGAUGAUCUACCCAAUAGAGAGGAGGCCCAAAGGGUCGUCAUAACCAUGCUUAUGGUGGCUGACUCGCAAGCUCUGGAUCAUCCUCAAGAUAGCCAUAUAUCAGACCUGCUGCAACCCCUACAUGAGGUGCUAGGUAGAGCAGGGAGCCAUGUGUAUCUACCUACUCAGAAGGCUGAUAAGGCACUGCAGAUUCUUUACGCUUUGCUCCAAGAAUCACAGACAUCAUCUCAGGAUCAGCGUUACUCAGAAUUUUGCACAUCUCUAACGAUCCUGCUCUGCGAGACCCUGGGUGAAAUCUUCCAGUACCUCAUCCGUCAGUUACUAGGCAACAGGGAUGUUCAAGUGCAUGAUGUGAACAGCAUCACCCUGUACCGGUCAUUCUUGGAUGCCUUACUAUCCCAUGCAGGGAGAGAGCAUGAGGGUCAAGGCAGGAGUUUUCAGGGUCAAGGCUUGACCCUCAAGAUCAUCGAGGGUAGGAAGCAGCUUCUGAAAGGUUGCGAAGCUCUCAUGAACUCACAGCUUCAGAAUGAGCAUUAUGUAAAAGAAAUGCAUCACUGUUACACAAUGACGUCCAUCCUGACCUGGAUUUUAUCAUCGGAGGCUUUCAGUCCUGGUGCAAUGCUGCCCUCUACAUCCAAUAUGUUGACAUCUCUUCUGAGAGUAGAAGCCUCGGCCUCUGCAAGAUUGAAAGAGGUUGCUGAAGCAGGAGAUAUGAGGGGGCUUGAUGGUUCAAACAGAGGGCGACUGCAGUCAGAUGUGAUCAGGACCAAAUGGGAAGCCAUCUUGGCCGUUAUCCAACAUUGGGACAGACAUAGAGGCAAGGCAGGCAGUGGAUUGACCCAGGAAGAUGACCCUGUUGCUUGGCAACCGGUGCUGUCUGCUUGCCUGUCUGACACGAGUCUGGUAUCUGCCUUGCAUACCAGGCCAUUGUUGAAGUGUACUGCUUUGCUCAUUGACAAGGUGGCUGAUGAGAACAUUCCAUUAUGCUUGGAGGGGCUGUCAGCGUGCUGGUGCGCUGUACUGGAUGGUUGGAGGGCAAACUCAACAUUCUGGAAUCUGUACGAGGCCUUUAUCGCUGUAGCCUACCAACCGACUUUAUUACAACUUGGGGAAGGCACUGAAGUCUAUGAAGCUCUUCAGAAGUACACAUCAAAGAUCCUUUCCCAGGGAGAGACUAGACUGGGCAUGCUCAAUACCUUGAUGUGUCACCUAGACAAGGUCUUAUCGGAGCACUUCUUCCUUCAACCCCCUGAGAAUCAUCGCCAUGACGCCAUGACGGUCAUCAGAAAUCUUUCGGGUAUCCUUCAGGAAGCUGCCCUCUUCGGUCCCUGUGUAUCAAAAUCAGUCAGACUGAUGGAAGACAUAUCAGCCUACCUUGUGAGACAUGAAGAGCUUCUAACAGUGAGACCCAUCCUACAAAACAACAGCAAUGCCACCAAUCCCUGUCAUCCCAGAGUCCUUGUAAUUAGUAUCUUGAUGAAGAUAGGAGCAAGCAACUUUCAAGGAAAAGAAGAAUUCUUUGAAGACUUCCUCAGCAGCCUUCUAGACAAGGAUCAGGAGAUAAUUCCCAAGAAGCGAAGCUACAUCAUCAACUCAGUAGUCCAUCGUCUCAAGCUUCGUAUAUGGCAGGCAGCUAUCAUCAUUCUCAACUUUCUGUCUCCGGAUGCUGCUCCACGAAUCCUAGCCAGGGUGUUGCGUUCUAUGAGAGCAGAGAAUCAGACUUCAGUACGUCAUCUGAUGGAGGUCUUUGUUGUGAGGAUGAUCCAUCUUCAUCCCCAUCUACUACAGCAGUUCUGGCAGUAUGCUUCAGAGGUAGCAAAUUGUCAAGAUGUAAGUUUCUCACCAUUGCUGAUGAUCAUUGCACACCUUGGUACUGUACAGCCCAAGGACCAACAGGAGUCUUUCUACCUUCAAGCGAUCCCAACAGUCCUUCCAUGGACAUUUGUUCCUUCCAUGGCAUUACGCGUCCAGUCACAGGUGGCGCUCUUCAAGAUGUGGAAGGAUUGCAAAGAGGCGGGGCUUAUCACCUUGAUGGACAGGUUUCCGGGGGUUGCUGUUUGUAUGGAUUUCACACAGAAUAACAGUGCACUCCACUCGCUGAGAGAGAGAAUGGAGGGGAGCUUCUUCCUCAGUUACUUCCAUCCCAUUCAACAUUUCAGUGUUGAAACCAUCUUCUACAUCAUGCCUAAGCUGACCCUGGUCACCGAGGAUGAGCUCGUCCAUCCAGAGCUCUUCCUCGUAUCAGACACGUCACCAUGGAAACAGAACAGCAACCAUCCCAUUGUACCCCUUUACAGCGAGACGGAUACACUCAGGACAUGUCAAGUCAAAGAGAAGCAGAAAAAUAAAUCAGUGAAAGAUGCAGAGAUUCGGGAAGAGCUGUGGACGGAGGAUGGAUCAGGAGAUAUCCAGAAGAAGAUUACACCGUGGAAGGAAUCCCACAUACCUGGCUUUGAAUCCUCCGAAGGUCAGAAGUCACCUAGGGGUCACCUUGUGGUCGUGGCUUCACUCAUCAGUAGAGUGCCAAAUCUUGGAGGUCUAUGUCGGACCUGUGAGAUUUUUGGAGCGUCCUGUCUUGUACUUGGUAACCUGGCUUUGAAAGACCACCAAGACUUCCUGAGUCUCAGUGUAUCAGCAGAAAGAUGGCUGCCACUAAGAGAGGUGAAGCCUUCUGAUUUGAAAGACUACAUGAUAGAGAUGAAGAAACAUGGGUAUACCCUGGUAGGAGUGGAGCAGACGGCCAACAGCCAAUCUCUGACAGACUUCAAGUUUCCCCAGCGAACCAUGCUCCUUUUAGGGAAAGAGAGAGAAGGCAUCCCGGUGGAGUUGAUCCAGUUUCUUGAUGUAUGCGUAGAGAUCCCUCAGCUUGGUUUCAUCAGAUCACUCAACGUACAUGUCAGCGGAGCACUGAUGAUAUGGGAAUACACCAGACAGAAGCUUCUUGGACUCAAGAACUAACUCAAAAAGUGACUCAGCUUAUGAUUUCAUCAGAUCACUCAAUGUACAUGUCAGCAGAGCACUAAUGAUAUGGGAAUACACCAGACAGAAGUUUCUUGGACUCAAGAACUGACUCAAGAAGUGACUCAGCAUAUGAUUUCAUCAGAUCACUCAAUGUACAUGUCAGCAGAGCACUAAUGAUAUGGGAAUACACCAGACAGAAGCUUCUUGGACUCAAGAACUAACUCAAGAAGUGACUCAGCAUAUGAUUUCAUCAGAUCACUCAAUGUACAUGUCAGCAGAGCACUAAUGAUAUGGGAAUACACCAGACAGAAGUUUCUUGGACUCAAGAACUGACUCAAGAAGUGACUCAGCAUAUGACUUCAUCAGAUCACUCAAUGUACAUGUCAGCAGAGCACUAAUGAUAUGGGAAUACACCAGACAGAAGUUUCUUGGACUCAAGAACUGACUCAAGAAGUGACUCAGCAUAUGAUUUCAUCAGAUCACUCAAUGUACAUGUCAGCAGAGCACUAAUGAUAUGGGAAUACACCAGACAGAAGCUUCUUGGACUCAAGAACUGACUCAGCUAAUGAUUUCAUCAGACCACUCAACGUACAUGUAUUAAAGCAGAGUUGAAUGCGAAACUUACCCAUCUCAACCACAAGAUUCCUGUCAAUUCAAGCUCUUUGUUCAGUGUGUUCAAGAUGUUAACUGCAGUGGAACACCACUACAUUCCUACACUGAAAACAGGUAGACUGCCACUUGCCCUACACUAUUGUCAAAUGCUUUCACCAGGACUGGAUAAAGCAUUAAAUCACCCAUAUUUUGACAAAGUGUUAUACACUAUGAUCAGCAACAUAUCUUGCAACGUGAUGUUUUUGACAGAGAAAAUCUGAAAACAUACCUGCAGCUUUUAUAACACUAAGGUCUUCUGACUGAGGCAACAACUACUAGUAUAACACUUAGAGACUAACUCUGCUCGGUUUCGUAUCUUUUGAAGUACAUAUAUGUGAACAGAGCAGGAAUGACAUAGGACUAUACACCAGACAGAAACUUCUAGGACUAUGGAAUUCAGGGUUGUCGUGACUUGGUUUUGUGAGAUCUCUUGAUUUCUCUGCGAGUGGAGCACUGAGUGUAAUAUAAUUAUCAAGAGUAUAUGAGGCAGAGGCAUGUAGGUUUAUAGCACUCAGGGACUUACUCUGCUAGAUUUUAUUAUAAGCAGAGCACUGAACAUCAAAUUGCUCAAUGUCCAAGUAAGUGGAGCAUGGAAUGAAUAAUCCUUAGCCUUUGAUAAAAGGUCAUCAAAUGUCCAUUGUUAUGGGAUUCCCCGUAGGGAUGCAAUAUCCGAAAUUAGGUUAAAAUAUGAACUGUUAUUUAUGUUGAAUAAUGAGCAAUGUUACCUUUGUUAGGUAAUUGUAACCACAUGGUGAGUUGGGUAAUGAUAUGACAUACAGAAUCCCAUCUGAAUGAUAGGAUUUUCAGAUAAAUGACUUGGGUAUACCGGUAAGUGAAAAAAAAAAAACUUUGUGAUCUGCCUUUUAACAGUCCAUUGUUUUUCAAUCUAUUUAUUUAAUUAUUCGUUUUUGUGUGGGGCUCCUUAGACUUGGUUACAAUGGGACUUCUGUAUAUAAUUUAGUGAAAGAAAGAUCAUGUUAGUACGUACGGAGCCCGGGAAGGGACGUAUGAGAAAUAUGUUUAUCUCAUUAAAACAACAUAAUUUUCUCAUUAAAAAGAGAUAUAUCUCAUGAAAACGACAUAAUUAUCUCAUUAAAACAAGAUAUAUCUCAUUAAAAUGAUGUAAUCUUUCAGAAACAGGUCUACACAGGGGCGGCACCAAGGUAUUUUCUU